GGCUUCGGCUAUUAACGACCCCAUAUUUUAAGGCCUUUAUUGGCCCAGUGAUAGAGCCGGACGAGUUGGUUAAACCAGCUUUCUACCCCUUACUAGCAGAAAUAAUUGACUAAACCAUUCCACGUUCAUCAACAACGUAUCAUGUAGGCAACUGAUUUGCUGAUGAAGUUAAUCUGGUGAAGACAGUUUGACGUCACAAUUUAAGAAACUAAAAUAAAAGAGUAUAUAUUUUAUUUUAGUCAAUGAAGAAAACUGGCUAUGAACAGAGAUGGAUAUGGACAUGAUCAAGAAGCUUAUUAGAAAACUAAUUUAAACAUACAUUUUCCCUCUUCGUGUCACAUUCAUAAGCCCUGAAAAAAAUACUUCAACAAAGAGAAUAAAUGAAUAAUCAUUGUUUCCUUCUACAAGCAAUCUAAGAACCGCGUCAAGUCGACUUUCUACUUUUAUUUUCUUUAUUUACUUAAUAAAUAAAAAAAUUGUUGAAAGAUCAAAGAGAGUGCUAUCCCUUUGAUAUACGGAUCCAUCUUAGUUUUCUUGUAUCAGACACAGACUUGUUCAAAAGAAUAUUGACAUUUUGUUUAAAUAAUUAUGGUGAGUGUUGUGGGAGAAAUGUUUUGUAAUCCUUACACGACCGAGUUGGUGGUGAGAAGGCGGCGUGAGAGCCUCAAAAGGGAUCGUUUUGACGUCUUCGAUCUAUCGGACAAUCUCAUCUUCACCAUCGACGGUGGUACAUGGAACAUCCGCCGUAAACGUGUCCUCCGUGACGCCACCGGUCUUCCUCUUCUCUCCAUGCGCACCAAGGGUAUUGUAACAAUGAGAUACAAAUGGGAAGUGUACAAAGGAGAAAGCACAGAAUCCGAGGAUCUUCUUUUCUCAGUAACGGAACCAAAUCUAUUCUCCUUCAGAACAUCACUUGAUGUCUCUUUGCCGACACAACAACCUUCCACGGACAUUAGUAGUACUAUCGAGCCAGAUUUUAGAACUUAUGGUCGUUACAUUGGUUCUUCUUUCAAACUCUUUGAACCAAUUCAUAAUACUCUUCUUGCUGAGGUGGUUCAUAAUUUCUCAUGGGGAGGACUUAUAAUAGGGAAGUACAGCUUCAAAGUGAGAGUUAAUCCAUAUGUGGAUUUCGCAUUUGUCAUCGCGUUACUUGUAAUUGCAGAUGAUACAUCCAAUCUACGUUAGAGAAGUUUCUACAUAUCUUAGCUGGUGUCUACAUAUCUUAGCUGGGUUAAGAAUAAGAUCAGAAUGGGCUGUAAAUUAGUAAUCAUACAUCGGUAUCAGAUAUUCAGACUGUAUAUUGUUGACUCUUUCUUUUUGAGUACUUGAGGCUUGUCUACAUUUGAAACAUAUUACCACUUGUUUAUAGUCUUUAGACAUUUACAAGAAACUGAUAGAAAUCACUUCAAUA